AAGUUAGUGGGCUGUCUCAGUAGCAUUAGAAGCGGCGGAGAGUUGUGUGAUCUCUAUGGAGGUGACGGAAAGAAGUGCUUGGUACUGCUGUGGGAUCAGAGAUCCGUCCUGCCGUUCGUUCUCUCCCCUUCCCUCUCCCAGCCCCGAUCCCCCGGCUCCCCUCUCCCCUCCCUUCUCUCGCCCUCUUCCCAGCCCUCGCCCCGCCGGUCCUGGGGACGCUGACGAUGCUGUAGGGAAGGUUUUGUUUUUCCCUAUCCUGUCAAUUUAUUAUUCUUUGGAGAUUCUUCAUUGCCAAGCCGCCAAAGUGGAGAGUGCGAUUGCAGGGGGUGCUUCUCGUUUCAGUGCUUCUUCAGGCGGAGGAGGAGGUAGGGGUGCGCUUCAGCACUAUCCCAAGACUGCCGGCAACAGCGAGUUCCUGGGGAAAACCCCAGGGCAAAACGCUCAGAAAUGGAUUCCUUCACGAAGCACUAGACGAGAUGACGACUCCGCAAGACAAGAACGACAUGAUGCAAUCUUCAGGAAAGUAAGAGGCAUACUAAAUAAGCUUACUCCUGAAAAGUUUGACAAGCUAUGCCUUGAGCUCCUCAAUGUGGGUGUAGAGUCUAAACUCAUCCUAAAGGGGAUCAUACUGCUGAUCGUAGACAAAGCCCUUGAAGAGCCAAAGUAUAGCUCGCUAUAUGCUCAACUAUGUCUGCGACUGGCAGAAGAUGCACCCAACUUUGAUGGCCCAUCCACAGAGAGUCAUUCAGGACAGAAGCAAAGCACAACAUUCAGACGCCUCUUAAUUUCUAAACUUCAAGAUGAAUUUGAAAACCGAACCAGAAAUGUUGAUAUCUAUGAUAAGCAAGAUGGCCCCCUCCUCCCAGAGGAGGAGGAACAAAGAGCUAUUGCUAAGAUCAAGAUGCUGGGAAACAUCAAAUUCAUUGGAGAACUUGGCAAGCUUGAUCUUAUUCAUGAAUCUAUCCUUCAUAAGUGCAUCAAAACACUUUUGGAAAAGAAGAAGAGAGUCCAACUCAAGGAUAUGGGGGAGGAUUUGGAGUGCCUCUGUCAGAUAAUGAGGACAGUAGGACCUAGACUAGACCAUGCAAAAGCCAAGUCCUUAAUGGAUCAGUACUUUGCCCGUAUGCGCUCCUUGAUGAUGUGUAAGGAAUUGCCGGCAAGGAUUCGUUUCCUGCUGCAGGAUACUGUGGAGUUGAGAGAACACAAUUGGAUUCCUCGCAAAGCUUUUCUUGACAAUGGACCAAAGACUAUCAAUCAAAUCCGUCAAGAUGCUGUGAAAGAUCUGGGAGUUUUUAUUCCUCCUCCUUUGUCUCAAGGAAUGAGAAGUGACUUCUUUCUGGAGGGAGCGUUUAUGCCACCCAGGAUGAAACUUGACAGGGAUCCACUUGGAGGGCUUGCUGAUAUGUUUGGACAAAUGCCUGGUAGUGGAAUUGGUACUGGUCCGGGAGUUAUUCAAGACAGAUUUUCACCUACCAUGGGGCGACACCGGUCAAAUCAACUUUUCAAUGGCCAUGGGGGACACCUCAUGGCUCCUGUUCAAUCCCACUUUGGAGAGCUAGGCAAAUCCUUCUUGAAAAAUCCAGGGCAAAGCCAACUAUACCAUAAUCAAAAUCAGGGACUUCUGUCUCAACAAGGACAGUCUAAGGAUAUGCCUCCACGGUUUUCUAAGAAGGGACAGCUUAAUGCAGAUGAGAUUAGUCUGAGACCUGCUCAGUGUUUUGUAGUAAACAAAAACCAAGUGCCAAAGCUUCAGCCCCAGAUAACUAUGAUUCCUCCCAGUGCACAGCCACAACGUACUCAGACACCACCUCUGGGACAGCCACCUCAACUUGGUCUCAAAACAAAUCCGCCACUUAUUCAGGAGAAGCCUGCAAAGACAACUAAAAAGCCACCACCUUCUAAGGAAGAGCUACUCAAGUUAACAGAAACUGUUGUGACUGAAUAUUUGAACAAUGGAAACGCCAAUGAUGCUGUUAACAGUGUGAGAGAAAUGAGGGCACCAAAACAUUUUAUUUCUGAGAUGCUGAGCAAAAUAAUACUUCAGUCACUAGAUCGAUCAGAUGAAGAUAAAGAAAAAGCAAGUGCAUUAAUCAGUUUACUUAAACAGGAAGGGAUAGCUACUAGUGACAACUUCAUGCAGGCAUUCCUAAAUGUAUUGGACCAGUGCCCUAAACUAGAGGUGGACAUCCCUCUGGUAAAAUCCUAUCUAGCACAGUUUGCAGCUCGUGCCAUAAUUUCAGAACUCGUGAGCAUCUCUGAACUAGCACAACCAUUGGAAAGUGGCACCCAUUUUCCCCUCUUCCUACUUUGCCUUCAGCAGAUAGCCAAGCUGCAGGAUCGAGAAUGGCUAACUGAUCUUUUCCAACAGAGCAAAGUGAACAUGCAAAAGAUGCUGCCAGAGAUUGACCAGAAUAAGGAUCGUAUGCUGGAGAUAUUGGAAGGGAAAGGACUUAGCUUCUUGUUUCCACUUCUGAAACUGGAAAAGGAGCUACUGAAGCAAAUUAAGUUGGACCCAUCCCCUCAAGUAAUCUAUAAAUGGAUUAAAGACAACAUUUCACCAAAACUACAUGUAGAUAAGGGAUUUGUUAAUAUUUUGAUGACCAGUUUCUUGCAGUAUAUUUCUAGUGAAGUAAAUCCACCUAAUGAUGAACCAGAUUCUUCAUCUGCUCCUUCUAAAGAACAGUUGGAGCAAGAAAAACAGCUGCUUCUUUCCUUUAAGCCAGUUAUGCAGAAAUUCCUUCAUGACCAUGUUGAUCUACAAGUGAGUGCCCUGUAUGCACUCCAAGUGCACUGCUACAACAACAAUUUUCCAAAAGGCAUGUUGCUGCGCUUCUUUGUGCAUUUCUAUGAUAUGGAAAUCAUUGAAGAAGAAGCUUUUCUGGCAUGGAAAGAAGAUAUUACUCAAGAGUUUCCAGGGAAAGGCAAAGCUUUGUUCCAGGUAAACCAGUGGUUGACCUGGCUGGAAACAGCAGAGGAAGAAGAAUCUGAAGAAGAUGCUGAUUAAACCAGCCAAAGCCUUAAAUUGUGCAAACAUACUGUUGCUAUGAUGUAACUGCAUUUGACCUAACCACUGCGAAAACUCAUUCCGCUGUAAUGUUUUCACAAUAUUUAAAGCAGUAGCGGGUCAGUAGGACUUGUUUCUGCAUAAGGGUUUUUGUAGUAUGUCUUAAUCAUAGUCUACCAUAAAAAUAUUUUAGAAUAUCUUUAAUGUUUAGAUAACAGUGUAUUAGCAGCAUGCAAUAAUUACAUCAUAAGUUCAGAAGCAGUCUGUGUAAGGAUCUUCUUUGAUGCCAGUUACCAUAGGCUGUUCGUUAGAAAUCUGAAUAGCAACACUGAAUACUGUAGAAAUGCACUUUGCUCAGUGUAAUACUUGAGUUGUUGCAAUAUUUGAUUAUCCAUUUGGUUGUUACAGAGAAUCCUUAACUGUAAUUGAUGGUGGUUGCCGUAAUAGUAUAUUGCCUGUAUUUCUACCUCUAGUAAUGGGCUUUAUGUGCUAGAUUUUAAUAUCCUUGAGCCUGGGCAAGUGCACAAGUCUUUUAAAAAGAAACAUGGUUUACUUGCACAAAAAUGAUCAGUUUGAAGAGGUGGAUAGAUGCCCAUGGAAGUGGUCUUUGUGGGUAUGAAAUAAAAUGGUGAGAAACUGAAUUGGUCCCUAUGAUAGUAUUGGAAUUAAGUCUACUUAAUUUAUCAAGACAUGUUCAUGCCCUGAUUUUAUAUACUUGUAUCUAUCAAUAAACAUUGUGAUACUUGAAUGUUUGUUGAAAUGGCUGCUCUUUAUAUUUACUUUGAAAAUAGAUUCUGAAGCAGGAAUGAUGUGACUUUCCCUCAAUCCCAUUUAAUUAGAUAUACCUUGUAUCGUAAAGUUUCUGGAGUGGGCAGGGCAGCCCUAUUUCAUUAUUUCCCAGUUGUGAAUCAUGAAAACACCUGUAAUUGAUUCAUGUGUCAGAAUCAUGUUUGAGAUCCCUGUAAUACUAACGCCUGUGGAAGUGCUUGAUAUCUUGACAUCUUCUAAACCCCAGGGUAAGACAACUUAAGAGCCAAGUGUUGAAAAGGGUAAAUUGGUAAGGAUUAGUUGUUUCCUAUUACCUUAAAUAUUCCCAGAAAUUCCUGGAGUUCAAG